CUCUCCCGCUUUGUCUCCUGUCGCCGUCGUCUCUUCUGCUCCGUCCGCUGCCAGCAACAACAACAACAACAACAACAACAUCACCACCGCCACCGCUACUGUCCCGGCUACAAUGCCAUUCACCUUUUCUUUCGCACCACCAACUCCGUUCGUUUUCUUGCUUCCGCCUCCUGUCACCACCACCACCGCCACAGUUUCAUCCGCGUCCUUCGACUUCACUUUUGCUCCGCCUGCUCCUCCACCUCUAAUGCCGCCAAUUUCGUCUUCCGCUGCGCCUGUUGCUCGCGACAACAUUGCUUCGUCUUCUUUCUCGCCUCCUGCCGCCACUACCACUUCCGCACCACCACCACCACAGACCGACGCAGAGGAACUCAUAGAGUUGUUGGUGGUUGACAUCGCAAACACCUCCAAGUACGACGCGCAGUUGCUGGAGAUCCUUGCGCUGGAGGAUUCUCAAGAGGUGUUAAGCCAGCUGUUCGCGCUUGUCCAUCAGGACAGCGAUCUUCGCGGCUUGUACGAGGGCGUUUAAGCCCAUUCCGUUCCUUGUUGUCCUCUCCCCUGGUGUUGUCGUCUUCUUUUUUUCCGCGUCUGUGCCGUCAUUCUCCUGUCAUCCCGCCAUUUAUGCCCGUCUAUGCCUCCUAUGCCCGUCUAUGCCGUCUAUGCCAUCUAUGCCUUCUGUUCUACCAUGUCGUCGUUUGCUGUUCUGUUUCGUGCUGCGUAGUGACCUUGUUCGGUCAUCGUUUCUUUUUCUGCCUGGUGGGUUUGGGCUCAUGGUUGUCGGGCGAUCGUUUCUUUGUGUGU